AUGGAAGCAAAGGAUGUAGCCGUUGGCGCGCAACGGAUUAUUUUUCAGUUUCGUGUGAUCAUUACCAGUGAUUUUGUGAAGGAGAACAGCUGGCCUGACCUUAUUCCUGAACUUAAAUCAGUUAUUCAAAGCAGCAAACUUAUCAGUCAGUCUCCGUGUUCUCAAUGGAGCACAAUUAAUGCUCUUAUUGUCUUGCAAACAACCAUUAGACCUUUCCAGUACUUCUUGAAUCCCAAAGUUCCAAAGGAACCUGUACCAUUACAAUUGGAGUUAAUAGUAGAAGUCAUUCUCGUUCCUUUACAAGCAACAUUCCAUUUCUUUGUUGAUAAGGCUUUAUCAUGUCCAGAAAGAUUGGAAAUGGAAACUGAAGAAGUUCUUCUUACUAUAUGCAAGUGCGUAUACUUUAGUGUGAGGUCAUAUAUGCCGUCUGCAUUAAGAUGUGCUCUGCCCGCCUUUUGUAAUGACUGGUUUCGGAUUCUGGAUUCGUUGAGCUUAGGCAGUGCUCUUUCUGGAGAUGGACAUUUGUUGCGCUUGAAGAUAGUGAAGAGAAUUCUAAUCAUAUUUAGUGCUUUGGUCACUCGCCAUCGAAAGCAUUGUGACAAGUUGAUGCCUAACAUCAUAAAAUGUGCUAUCAAAAUAGUCAAGCAGAAUGCUAAUAUUAUUAUGUUGGAUGCUUUUCCAGAGCGGAUUGUUUCUCUGGCGUUUGAUGUAAUUUCACAUGUACUUGAAACAGGCCCCGGGUGGAGAUUGGUAUCACCACAUUUUUCUUCUCUAUUAGAUUCAGCAAUCUUCCCUGCAGUAGCAUUGCAUCAGAAAGAUGCAUCGGAGUGGGAAGAGGAUGCCGAUGAGUACUUAAGGAAGAACCUACCAUCUAACCUUGAUGACACUUCAGGGUUGAUUGAGGAUCUAUUUACGGCAAGGAAAAGUGCAAUCAAUUUGCUUGGUGUGAUUGCAAUGUCGAAGGGUCCACCUGUUGUAUCUACUGCUUCUAAAUGCAAAAAACGUGACAGAAAUAAAAAAAAAGAGGGUCACAGCUCUGUCGGAGAACUAUUAGUGGUACCAUUCCUAUCAAAGUUUCCCAUACCCUGUGGUGCAGAAGAGUCUUCAUCAAAGUUUUUGAAAGAUUAUUAUGGUGUUUUGAUGGCAUAUGGAGGUCUCCAAGAUUUCUUUAAAGGGAGAAGUUCUGAGUACAUAUAUACAUUGCUUCAAAAUCGAGUACUUCCAAUUUUUUCCUUGUGUCCUUGUUCUCCAUAUUUGGUUUCGACUGCCAGCUGGUUACUUGGAGAGCUUGCUUGCUGCCUUCCUCAGGCUAUGAGUGCAAAUAUCUAUAGUUUACUGACUAAGGCAUUGACCUGGUCUGAUGAUGGAGGUUUCAAUUAUUAUCCAGUUCGUGCUGCUGCUGCCGGAGCCAUUACAGAACUUAUUAACAAUGAAUAUUUUCCACCUGACUGGACAUCCCUCUUGCAAGUUCUGGUUAACAGGAUGGGUAUUGGAGAUGAAAAUGAAUCUCGUCUCUUUUUCAAUUUUCUUAGCACUGUGCUUGAGGCUGGGCAGGAUAAGGUUGCGAUUCACAUCCCUGUAGUUGUCUCCAAUAUAGCUAGUGUUAUUUUGAGGGAAAUACCAUCUAUGCGAGAACCUUGGCCUCAGGUGCUUGAACGUGGGUUUGCUGCAUUAGCUGAAGUAGCACAUAUUUGGGAAAGUUCUCUACCAGAUAAUAUCCAACAUCUAGAAAACGGGGAAUGGAGAUCUGGUUGGGCCUCCAUUGCUAGCUUAUUCUCGAAUUUAUUACAGAAGGCUUGGCUUAUGCCUGUUUUUGAGAAUGUGGAUGAUCAUAAAUUUGCUGUUUCUGGAGCAUUACCAUCAUCAUCAUGCAUUGAUGAUGCCUCUACGUUGCUUGGCUUUAUCAUGAGGUUCAUUACCAAAAGGGAUGAAGUGGAUAGCUUAAAGAUUAUUGAUUUGUUAGCAGUGUGGUCUACCCUAAUUGCUGAGUGGGAUUUAUGGGAAGAGAUGGAGGACCAAUCAAUUUUCAAUUCUAUUCAGGAAGCUGUUAAUUUGCAAAGAAAAUGUGAUCUUCAAAUACUUUUCACCAGAAGAUUACCAUUAGGAAAUUCUUCUCCUGGCUCAAUGCUUUCAAUUUUUGAAGGCAUUUGCAUUUUUGUGAGUGAUGCUAUUAAAACAUAUCCAGCAGCUGUUUGGCGGGCUUGUCUGUGCAUACAUGCAUUGCUACAUGUGCCAAGCUCCUCGUCUGAUGCUGAUGCUAUAAAGCAUGCGAUGGCAACAACCUUCUCAAGAACAGCAUUCUCUCGUUUCAGGGACAUACAUGAGAAGCCUAUUGGACUGUGGAAGCCUCUUUUGUUGGUUAUAUCUUCAUGCUAUAUUUUUUAUCCUGAGGAUAUUGAACAAGUUCUUGAUAAAGAAGCUGAUAAGGGUUUCAUAAUUUGGGCAAGUGCUCUGGCCCAUAUCUCAACAAGUUCUUUUACACCUGGUCUUUCAACUGAAUCUGAGUUGGUAUUAUCUGUGGUAACAUUAACGAGGGUGGUUGAGCGACUGCUUAUAUCAUUGUUAGAUAGAGGUGAAGUCUUAAGGGUCAGCUUUAUGGCAUUGCUGGAUGCAUUUACUCGUUUGAAAGAACUUCAGGAGGGCAAUGAAGAGACUGAAGAUUCUGAUGAAGAGGAUAGUGAUGAUAAUGAUGAUGAGGACGACGAUUCUGACGAGGAUUCUGAGGAUGAACAGCUUGAAGAAACUGAAGAUGAAUUUUUGGAACGGUAUGCAAAAGCAGCCGCUGACUUGGAGAAUGAGAUGGUUGAAGAAGUAGAUAUAGAUGAUGAUGAUCAAGAGCUUGAGUUGGGUGUAUUCAAUGAAAUCAAUUUAGAGAGUUCUGUGCUUCGGUUGAUUGAGAGUCAUGGCCAAGAAUUAAUGAAAGGGCAAACAUUACCAUCAAGUAUUGUACAAGGAUUAAUGAGCAGUUUCCCGAAGCACACACAUUUAUUCCAGAUUCCCUGCUAAAAUAUUUGUUUUCUUUUCAUUUCAUUGCUUCUUCACUUGUACUAGCAGUAAUCAUGCGAUACCUUUUUAAUUAUUUACCUCUGUUUUAUAUGGCAGUGUUUGUAUCAUACAAAUUUGUGUAUAUCAUCAAAAUAAUUAGUAUUGAUGCCCAAAUUAACGAUCUUGUCAGAAAAUCUUUUAAUAAUUACACUUUA